ACAAAAAACUCAUAAACAUCUCAUGAUCACAUCCUCAAUAUCACCUCCAAUUUUUUCCCCCAAAACCAAUUCCAAACCCAUAAAACAACAAGACAAACCAACAAACAUCAUCCCAUUUCCCUUCUUUCCAAGUUCCAUCCAUCCAUUCCCCUCACCCACCAUACAAACCUCUUCUCUCUCUCUCCCUCUCUUCCAUUUCCCACUUCCACAAAAAAAAAAAAAAAAAAAAAGAUAUCAAAAAAAAAAAAAAAAAAACCAAAAACCAGUCUAGUGAGUGAGCUAGCUAGCUAGACAGAAACAAAGAAAGAAAAAAAAUGGCGAUUUGCACACCACUCAACUCCUCCUCAACUUGCUCCUCCAUCAUCCACCACGACAACGCCGCCGCCGUCUCCUCCUUCACCAGAAGAACAUGCAGCUGGACCACCACCACCACCAGCCACCGCAGCGGCUUCACCGUGAUCACGUGCGCCGCCGACGCGGGGACCGUGGUGAUCGGCCUGGCGGCGGACUCCGGGUGCGGGAAGAGCACGUUCAUGCGGCGCCUGACCAGCGUGUUCGGCGGCGCCGCCGAGCCGCCGAAAGGCGGGAACCCGGACUCCAACACCCUGAUCAGCGACACCACCACCGUCAUCUGCCUCGACGACUACCACUCCCUCGACCGGACGGGGAGGAAGGAGAAGGGUGUCACGGCGCUGGAUCCCAGGGCCAACGACUUCGACCUCAUGUACGAUCAGGUCAAGGCGCUGAAAUCCGGCGCCCCCGUGGAGAAGCCCAUUUAUAACCACGUCACGGGCCUGCUCGACCCGGCCGAGGUCGUCGACCCGCCCAAGAUCCUCGUCAUCGAAGGCCUCCACCCAAUGUUCGACGAGCGUGUGAGGGACCUGCUAGACUUCAGCAUCUACUUGGACAUCAGCAACGAAGUCAAAUUUGCAUGGAAGAUUCAGCGGGACAUGGCUGAAAGAGGGCACAGCCUGGAGAGCAUCAAGGCCAGCAUUGAAGCCCGAAAGCCCGAUUUCGACGCCUACAUUGAUCCUCAGAAGCAGUAUGCUGACACGGUGAUCGAGGUGCUCCCCACGACGUUGAUCCCCGACGACAACGAGGGGAAGGUUUUGAGGGUGAGGUUGAUCAUGAAGGAAGGCGUCAAGUUCUUCAACCCGGUCUACUUGUUCGACGAAGGCUCCACCAUCUCAUGGAUCCCCUGUGGGAGGAAGCUCACUUGUUCUUACCCUGGCAUCAAGUUCACAUACGGCCCCGAUACCUACUUCGGCCAAGAGGUGUCGGUGCUGGAGAUGGACGGGCAGUUCGACAGACUAGACGAGCUGAUCUAUGUGGAGAGCCACCUGAGCAACCUCUCCACCAAGUUCUACGGUGAAGUCACUCAACAGAUGUUGAAGCAUGCUGAUUUCCCAGGCAGCAACAAUGGCACGGGUCUUUUCCAGACCAUCGUCGGCUUGAAAAUCAGAGACCUCUACGAGCAGCUCGUAGCAUCCAAGGCCAAAUCUCCCGUAGAGGCUAAAGCUUGAGUUCCCCACCCAAGGAACCAACCUCCCUUCCCUCACAUAAAAUUUGUAUUCAUCUGUUCUUCCUGUUUUGACUCUCAGUUACAGCCUUCUGUUCCGAGCUUUUAUCGCGUAAAAUGAGCUGUAACUUGCAAAAAAAAAAAAAAAAAAAAAAAAAGAGGCAGAAGACAAAUAAUUCAGUUAUCAGAUUCGUGUACGAAUACGAUCUCGUCACCAGAGCCUGACAGAAAGCAUAGAUGAAUGAUGAAAGUUGAUGGUGAUGCCAAGACUGCUGCUUCCUUUCUUCAGCAGUUUACUUGCUUACAUCAACCUUCACCAUAUCUCCUUCCUUCUGAAACAACUUAUCUUAAGCCCUAUCUUACGUGUAUAACAAGAUAAGACUCCAAUAAAAUGCUGCCGACGCAACUCAAACAAACUGCAGAUAAAUCCUAAAACAGAUCCCUUCCUGGCAACAAGAGUUUUAAGGCACACCAUGAAAGAUCUUGCCCUAUUGACGAACAAAUCCAUGGGCUAGACACAACAGGUGAAUCAAUUGACGACUUCUAGGAUACAUUUACUAUUUAGCCAACAUCGACUGUACAAUACAACACCGAAGAAGACUACAUGGGAGUAGUUAAAACAAGACAAUAAGGCAAGCUCCAGCUAUCUGGAUCCAGAAGUUCUAUGUACUACGAAAUGCACCAUUUUCAGAUGACAGCAGCAUACCAUAUGUCUACUUGAUUGUCACGAACUUGUUAGUGCCGUGUCUAGCCCAGUGAUCCUUCAAAUCCACCGGAUGAUACAGAUCAUAGCCUUCCGCCGUCAGUUUGAGCAAGAGCUUCGUGUAAGCCCCAUUGCUCAUUUUCCUCCCAGCGACACGAGCACUGGGCCUCGUGGAACUCAUAGGCAGCGGAUAUUCAGAAAUGUUUAUAGUGCAACAAGAGGAUUGCCACCCGCCAGCACCCCACUUGUAGCAAACUCUAGGGGCACCAGUACAAGAACAAAACGGGGAAGGCACCCAAGAGAAAUCGACGUCUGAUUGUUGGUAAUCCACAUUCAGGUCCUUCUUCUCACGCUUGGCAUCAGGACAAGAGCUCGUCUUCUUCUUCUUCUUCGUCUGCUUUGGUUUCAAAGGCUUGGACUGAGCUUUGUUAGAAGAAGCUUUCCUAGCCUUUGAAGGUUUACUGUUCAAGCUCUCGUCCUUCGCCGGCUGCUCGACUGGUGCUGGAAUGGCACUUAUAGGAGCAACAGACAAACCUGGUUCAUGGCUGAGUUGGGUUCCUUCCGACGAACCGGAGCUCGAUUUCGGUGAUGCAAAGAGCUCCUCAGGGUAAAACCAGGUCAGAUGCGAAACCGAUGAUUCAGCAGUAGGUUCUGGUAUAAUUAGGCUUCUGUUCGAGUGAGAAGCCAUCCUCGGAUACUAAUCUUCCGCUACGAAUCA